AUGGACAAGCCUGAGCAGCCUUCCAUGAUGGAGUCUGUUCCACCAUCGGGAGAGAAUGACAAUCUCCCCGUUGUCAAGCAGUCCUGGCUCGAGGCCAAGCUCAAGCCCAAGGUCAUUCACCAUCGUUAUCCGUUUAAGGGAAAGCCUCUCCUCUGGAUGACCUGUGCUUUUGGUAGCUUGGGCGACGCUCUGUUUGGUUAUGAUCAGGGUAUCGUCGCUGGCCUUUUGGUCAACCCGAUCUUCAUUUCUCGAUUCUUUGGAGAUUUUGGAGGUGCUGAUGGCACCAGUGACAAUGUCAACCCCAACAUCACCGGAAUUCUUGUCGCUUGUCUCCAGGUCUCUGCCGCCAUCGGCUCUCUCAUUGCAGGCAACCUUGGAGAUAUGAUUGGAAGAAAAAAGUGUGUUCGACUUGGCGGCUUUAUCUACUUUGUAACCGCCUUCAUCCAAGCCUUUGCCCCUGAUUUCAAAACCUUCGUUAUCGGCCGUACUCUCCAGGGAUUGGGCGUGGGCUUUCUUUCCAUGACUGUUCCGGUUAUUCAGACUGAGAUUGCUUCGCCACACCGCAGAGGUCUCAUGGUGGGAAUCGAGUACACAUUUCUUAUUGGUGGAUACGCACUCUCGACUUGGGUUGAUUUUGGCUUCUACUACCUCAUCCCCAAGCACGAGUCCUGGCAAGGUCCUUACUUCAUCCAGAUGGGUCUUGCCUUUAUUCUCUUCUCCAUGUCCUUCUUCCUCCCCGAAACCCCUCGCUGGCUGGCCCGCAACGGCUUUACCCAGGAAUGUCUCCAGACUGUCGCCGAUCUCCACACUCCCGAUGGUAACACCAAUGCCGAGCACGUCCAGCACGUUAUGCUUGAGAUCAAGGAGGCUGUACGUUACGAGGCCACCCUGGGUCAGUCCACAUGGCUAGAGAUGUUUACACGCUACCGCAAGCGAACUAUUGUCGGUAUCACGGCACAGAUGUUUGCUCAGCUGAAUGGAAUUAACGUCAUCUCAUUCUACUUACCCACCACGCUCGCCAAUGCCGGUCUCAGCGUUGAGAAGUCCUUGCUCUACACAGCUGCCAACUCGAUCCCCUACGUUUGCGCUACUAUCCUUACCUGGUGGCUGGCUGAUAGAUGGGGAAGGCGUCCCUUGCUGAUUCUUGGCGGAGCCCUUAUGGCAAUUGCGCUCUGUAUUGUCUGCGCCUUCACCGAAGCGAACAUUAAGAAUCCUAGCGUGCGAGCCCAUGGCAUCUAUGCCUUCAUUAUGAUAUACAAUGUCAUCUAUGGCUUUACCUGGGGCCCCAUCCCAUGGCUUCUACCCGCCGAGAUCUUCCCCCUCCGAGCCCGCAGCAAGGGCAUGGCUUUGGCCACCUGCUCCAACUGGGCGUUUAACUUUGUCAUUGGCAUGUCGGCCCCAGACGCGUUUGCUGGUAUUGGUGGCUACUACUACGUUAUCAUUGCGGGCUUCUGUCUCUUCUCUUCUGGACUUGUGUGGUUCUAUUACGUCGAGACAUCAAACCAUACCCUUGAGGAGAUUGCUCUAGCUUUCGGAGAUAAGGCUUUUGUGCACGAGGACGAUCAGAUCGUCAGCGCUGCUCAUCUCGCCCCUGGCCAGACUUCAAGGAAGGCAUCUAUGGCAUAA